UUUGCCUGAAAGGUACUUUGAUAGUUCUGGAGUUCAAGGUGACAUUCCCACAACAUUUUCAAAUCUAACAAAUUUGCGGACAGUAUGGGCAUCAGACAAUGAUCUCACCGGAGAAAUACCUGGAUUCAUUGGGAGUUGGUUAAAACUCACAACUUUGAGGUUUCAAGGAAACUCUUUCACAGGGCCAAUACCGUCUACAUUUUCAAAUUUGACAGCUAUGAAUGAGUUGAGAAUAGGUGAUAUACCAAAUGGGGGCUCCUCCCUAGAAUUUAUCAGGAAUAUGACGUCUUUGCAUACCCUAGUUUUGAGAAAUAAUAAAAUAUCAGAUUCAAUUCAUUCCAACAUUAGAGAGUUUGGAGAAUUGAGGCUGCUAGACUUGAGUUUUAACAAGUUUAAGGGAGAAAUUCCAGAGUGGCUUUUCAAAUUGAAUAAGCUGUCAUACUUGUCUCUUGGAAACAACAAGUUAACGGGUAGACUACCUUCAGAGAAGUCUGACUCUCUUCUUUUUAUAGACUUAUCAUACAAUGGUUUAUCAGGGAUCUUUCCUGGCUGGGUGGAUGAUUCAACCUUACAGUUAAAUUUAAUUGCCAACAGCUUCACGUCAGGAAGUGUGAAAAGCAGCCAUUUGCAUUCGGGUCUGAACUGUCUUCAACGAGAAUUUUCUUGUAAUGAAGAUUCUGAUCUCCGUGAGUUAAAACCUAGUUUUGGGAUCAACUGUGGAGGUCCAAAAUUUGUGAGUGCCUCUGUGGGCGAGUAUGAAAGGGAAAAUGAGAUUGUUGGUGCAGCUUCAUAUUAUGUUAGUGAUUCAGAAACUUGGGCUGUUAGUGAUGUUGGAUACUUCCCUAAAGACACCAAAAACUCUAGCAGUUAUAACAGAGACAAUGGCAAGACAAUACAUAUUGCAAAUACAAAUGGCUCGGAACUUUUUCAGACACAAGAAUUAUCCACUUCAUCAUUGAGAUUUUACGGAUUAGACCUUGAAAACGGGAACUACACUGUGACCCUUCAUUUUGCAGAACUAGCUUUCCCAAAUUUAUCUACAUGGAGCAGCCUUGGGAGGCGCAUCUUUGAUAUUUAUAUUCAGGGGAACCUUGUCCACAAGGAUUUUAGUAUUCAAAAUGAGGCAGGUGGGUCUUUUCGUGCUAUUUCAAAGCCAUUUAAGGCACAAGUUUCAAAGAACUACAUGGAAAUUCAUCUUUUUUGGGCUGGGAAAGGUACUUGCUGCAUACCUGAAGAAGGUACUUUUGGUCCUUCAAUUUCAGCAAUCAUUGCAAGUCUAGAUUCAGAACCUGUAAGUAAUGAGAAGAAUGGAACCAGUCAAAUAAAGGGGACUAGUAGUAAGAAGAAUGGAGCCAGUCUAAUAGUGGGGAUUGUUGUUGGUGUAGGAUCUGUUUGCUUUCUAAUUGUCAUAAUUUCCAUUCUUUUCCAUAGAAGGAAAGGUCGUUCCUCUGAAGACGAAGAACUCUUCGGAAUUGAUGAAAGACCACACACUUAUAGUUAUUCUGAACUAAGGAAUGCUACUGAGGAUUUUAGUUCAUCCAACAAGGUUGGAGAAGGGGGUUUUGGACUCGUUUACAAGGGAAUACUAAAUGAUGGAAGAGUAAUUGCUGUAAAACAGCUUUCAAUAAAAUCUGACCAAGGAAGGAACCAAUUUGUUGCUGAAAUUUCUACAAUAUCCGCCGUGCAACAUCGCAACCUUGUGAAGUUGCACGGGUGUUGCAUUGAGGGCAACCAUCGGCUUCUUGUUUAUGAGUACCUGGAGAAAGGGAGUCUGGACCAAGCAUUAUUUGGAAAAAGGAACUUCACUCUUGAUUGGCCAAAACGAUUUGAUAUAUGCUUGGGUGUGGCGAGAGGUCUGACUUAUCUUCAUGAGGAAUCAAGGUUUCGAAUUGUUCAUAGAGAUGUUAAAGCCAGUAAUAUUCUACUUGAUGCUGAUCUGAACCCCAAAAUUUCAGAUUUUGGUUUAGCAAAACUUUAUGAUGACAAAAAGACUCAUAUGAGCACCCUUGUUGCUGGGACAAUUGGAUAUCUUGCACCUGAGUACGCCAUGCGUGGCCAUCUGACUGAGAAGGCUGAUGUCUUUAGUUUUGGUGUUGUGGCUCUUGAAAUUGUCAGUGGUAGGCCAAAUUCUGAUCGAAGCUUGGAGGAGGACAAAGUUUUUCUUCUUGAAUCGGCUUGGUACCUCUACGAAAACAAUCGUGAAAUCGAGCUGCUAGAUUCGGAUUUGUUGACAUUCAAUGAGGACGAAGUAAAGCGAGUGAUUCGAGUAGGUCUUAUGUGCACUCAAACAUCCCCAGCUCGGCGGCCAUCGAUGUCACGGGUGGUGGCAAUGCUGUGUGGAGAUAUUGAAGUGGUUGCUAUAACUUCAAAGCCAGGAUACUUAACUGAAUGGCUCUUUGAUGACUUAGUCACUUGUACAAACGAUACAACUGCAGAAGGAUCCAACACCACCCAUCAAGGUUCUUCAAGUCUUAGCAUCCAUGCUACCAAUUCAACCUCUUCAAAUUAAGGCCUUCCAUCCUUUAAAUUAUCGCUAUUUUGAGACUCUAUAUUUCAUAAACUUCAGGUUUGUUAUGGGUUAACAACAUGAAUAUGCCCAUUUGGUUAUUUUCUAAUAAAUGUAAAGUAAAAUAUUAUGAAAAUAAUAAUAAGAGGGGCAGAUUUCCCAUAAACUUCUCUUUUUAAA